AUGUCUCCUCUCCGCACCGCCAUAAUCGGACUUUCCUCUUCCGCAACGACCAACUGGGCAGCAGCUGCCCAUCUCCCCUGCCUCCUCUCCCCGACUGGUAAGACCCUCUUCACCAUCACUUCGCUCUGCAACAGCAGUUCCGCUGCAGCAUCCAACGCCAUCUCGACGUUCAAUCUCGACUCGACCACAACACCUUAUGGCGACCCUGCCUCUCUCGCCGCGGACCAUGCCAUCGACCUCGUACUCUGCAACACCCGGGUCAAUAAGCACCUAGAAACAGUCCUACCCAGUCUGCUAUCCGGAAAAGAUGUGUACAUUGAAUGGCCGAUCGCGUCGAACAAGCAUCAAAUAGAUGAGUUGAUUGCCGCUAUGGCUGUCGGCGGGGGCCGAGUGGCGGUAGGACUACAGGGACGUUUUGCGCCGCCCGUGCUACGAGUCAAAGAAGUCCUCGCGUCGGGAAAGAUAGGCAUGUUGUUAAGUACUGAAGUGAGAAUAUUUGGGGGCACGAGAGAUCGGGAAAUUUUACCGGUGGGACUUGAAUACUUUGCUGAGAGGAAUACUGGGGGAAAUCCGAUUAUGAUUGGAUUUGGACAUGUCAUCGACUAUGUCCAGUCCGUCGUGGGCGAUAUCAUCCCCGGAACAGACGAUGCGCAAUUCCAGAUCCAACGUCCAGAUAUCCGCGUUCGAGAUCCCCAGACAGACGAGAUUGUCGAGAGGAUUUGCUCUGACGUACCCGAUUUACUGAGUCUACAUGAGAACAAAGGAUCUAUACCUGAAUCCUCUCAUGUGUGUGCCAAUGCCAGUCUUAUCGCAUACUUCCUCCGCGGCCAGCCUUAUCCUGGUGAUCCAUCCCUGUCGUGGACCCUGACCGGAGAAAAGGGCACGAUUCGAUUGACCGCGCCCGCUGGUAUCUCGCUGCAAGCCGACGCAUAUGGCGAGCCGGUGACCAUCGCGGUGCACCAGUUCGACACGGACAAGGUGGAUCCGGUCUUGUGGACUUGGUCGGACAGGCAGAUGGAGGUGCCGAUUCGGGCGCGAUCAGUGCAGCAUUCCUUGAUUAGUUUUGCGAAUAGAGAUGAGUCGGGGUAUGUCUCGCUGGAGGGUGCAAGAAGGAGGGCCAGCCAGAUUGAGAGCUGGUUAGAUAGCUGGCGAGAGAGCCCGUAG